AUGCCUUCUUACUGUGGUUUCGAUCCUGACAAGGACGUGAGUGAUCUUUCUGGAAAGGUCAUUCUUGUCACUGGUGGAACUGCUGGCCUUGGAAAAUCUGCCAUCCUCACACUCGCGGCACACAACCCCUCGCACAUUUACUUCACUGGCCGCUCUGCCUCUUCAGCAGCAUCCCUUCUAGAGGCCCUCAAAUCUCUUUCACCACCUGUCGAGGCGACAUUUCUCGAAUGUGACCUCACAUCGCUGUCUAGCAUCCGUGCUGCAGCGAGCAAGUUUCGACAUGAUAGACUUGAUGUCUUUAUUGCCAACGCUGGUAUCAUGGCUGUUGACGCUGGUCUUACUAAGGAUGGUGUAGAGAUGCAGUUUGGCGUCAAUCACCUUGGAAACGCGGCUCUCCUCAUGCACCUCUUGCCCGUGAUGCUCAAAACUGCAGAACUCCCCAACGCAGAUGUGCGUUUCGUAUCCGUCACAUCGUUGGGAUAUAGGGGCCAUCCCAAGGGCGGCAUCGACUUUGCCACGCUGCACACCACACAGGAAGACAUAGGUUGGGGAACAUGGGGUCGCUACGGACAAAGCAAAUUCGCCAACAUUGUCUUCGCCCGUGAACUCCACCGUCGACAUCCCAAAAUCACAAGCGUGGUAGUUCAUCCGGGUGUCAUAGCCACGGGGCUCGUCACGGAGCUGGGGUUCUGGAAGAGGAUGUUUGUGUACGUCACAAAUCCUACCAUGAUGACUGUUGAGCAGGGGGGGUAUAAUACUGCUUGGGCGGCGGCGGGGGUUGGGAGUAGGGAGAAGAUUGAAGGUGAGAAGGGGAGGGUUGCGUUGUAUUUGCCGGUUGGGAAGGGGAAUGGCGGGGAUGGGAUGUGCUUUGAUGAGGGGGUUGGGAGGGAGUUGUGGGAGUGGACUGAGAAGCAGAUGAGCAAGGUCAAGUAG